AUGCCUGCAGCCACUACACCCCCGCCGGCGAUUGCCGCGCUCAAGGACACGGUCUUAUUUAUCCCCAUGAAGCUGGGCAACAUCACGCUCAAGCACCGCAUUGUCCAGGCCCCCAACACUCGCAUGCGCAAUGACCUUGAGUCCCGUGGCAUUCAUGUUCCUGGCCCGCGCGUUGCCAAGUACUACGGCGACCGUGCUAGUGCUGGCGGUCUCCAAAUCAGCGAGGCCACUGAUAUCUGUCUUAAUGCUAGCGCCUACCCCGGCGUUGCAGGCGUCUUCACCGAGAGCCAGCUGCAGGGAUGGCGCAAGGUGACCGAUGCCGUCCAUGCCAAGGGUGGCUUUAUCUUUGUCCAGCUGUGGCACACUGGCCGUGCUUCGUCUGCUGGACUCCGUGGAGGAGAUUCGCCUAUCUCUUCAGGGACAACUCCCAUGAACGGAAAGUAUCUCGACGGUACCGAUUGCAAGGACGAGCCUCCUCGGGCGAUGUCUGUGGAGGAGAUCCACGAGUUGACGGCUGAGUGGGCAGCCGCAUCCAAGAGGGCUGUGGAGGACGCUGGGUUCGACGGUGUCGAGAUUCAUGGAGCAAACGGUUAUCUGUUGGAGCAGUUCCUCCACGACAACAUCAACAACCGCACUGAUGAGUACGGCGGCACUCUCGAGAACCGGUGUCGUUUCGUGCUCGAAGUCUUGUCCGCCGUUGCUGAUGCCAUUGGCCCCGAGAAGGUCGGCAUUCGUCUUUCCCCCUUCAACUAUUUCCAGGAUACUCGGGACAGUGAUCCCAACGCCCACUGGUCAUAUCUCUGCAGCCGCAUCGCCAACAUGGCUGCAUCCCAGCGUCCGGUCUACGUCCAUAUGGUGGAGCCCCGUUUCGACGAGGUCCUUGAUGAGGAGCAGAAGAUGGCGUCGCUCGAGGGCACUUCAAAGCAAAAGACACAAAACUCCCUGUCGCUAUUCCGCGACAUCCUAAAACCUGCUGGCAUUCAGUUCCUUGCCUGUGGCAACUUCAACGCAGAUAACGCCGCGCCCAAGGUGAAGAGCAACGAUGCCGACUUCAUCGCCUUUGGUAGGAACUUCAUCGCCAACCCUGACCUUGCCGAGCGCCUCAAGAACGGCUGGGCACUUAACAAGUACGACCGAUCUACAUUCUAUGGAGCGAACCCUCCUGAGAAGGGCUAUAACGAUUAUCCUUUUUACGAAGAGAAGAAGACGGAGUCGAGCUAA